AUGUUAGGGGUUCCUGUUGAUGGGUUGCCAGUGAUUGGGGGUGUCAAGCUAGAUUGGCCUAGGUUGUGUCUUGAGUUACUGGGUCAUCGUCCUCCAGACCCGAUACUGUAUCCCCAUGAAAACAAGUCGAUCCUUGCUGGGGCAAGGCUAAGAGUCACCUGGCUAGAGGCACAAUUUAGAGACAAGUCGGCAGACCGGGUGUCGGUGAUGCCUCUACAGCUCCUGAACCCAAUCAGCAACACGAAGAGGUACAGUUGGGGUAAUGGAGCAUUAGCCUGGCUGUACAUGCACUUAUGCAAGGCAUCAGAGACGAAGGCGAUGCACAUUGGAGGAGCAUUGAUGUUGGUGCAGCUCUGGGCGUAUUCGAGGUUCCCACUGAUAUGCCCUGUUGCAAGGCCGCUACAACCGUCAGUGGAGGCAGGUCCCCUUGCCAAUCAGUAUGUUAUUUGA